CACUGAACUUAGUUAAUUUUGAUCAUUUUUCCAUGGAUAAUAUUCGAAGGAAUCACGAUCUUUUGGAUUCUUUUGAAUGAACUGUGUUUAAGAGUUUUCCUUUCUAGUUGAACUUGGGCAAACAUGGUAAACAGUUUUCCCACUCAAAGCUCAAAAAAGCUAUUUUGAAGGAUGGAUAUAAUUUUGCUUUCUAGUUGUUUAAUCCAACCUUUCGAUUACGUGUACCUAGGAUAAAUAUCAAAUUAUAGUCAAGUGGAACCCUAAUUAAAGAAAAGAAAAGGGAACAACAUGUCAUGAUUUUAUAUAAUAUCACUUGCUUGUCACUACCCCAUUACAAUGAUAAAGUUUAUGUCAACUUUGAGAAACUUUAUUAGACCCAAACAAAUAUCAGUGUCACUAGUGGAGAGAUAUUGUUAAAUUGAUAUCUAGACCUCAAAACAGUACUUACUCUUGACUAGAAGAGAUAUAUAUAUAUAUGGUUGAUAAGAAAAUCAAACUCAAUAGUUGACAAAUUUGCAAACAAACUAUAAGAUAGGCGGGUCUACCCUUUUAAGACAACAUGGUGUAUUUGAUCGAUUACAAAAAUUCUAAUACAGAUGGGUUGAUAUACACUGCAGGCAUAAUGAAAAGUUCGUUAAAAUAACAAGUGAGUGACCAUGUUCAUGGUAACCUUAAGACCCUGUUUUCAUUUUUCGUCGUCAACCAGAAACCAAAUAACGGUAACGGUGGAUAGUGUUGUAUAUACUACGAAUCUCUAGACUCUAUAUGGAUUGAUAAGAAGAAGAAGCAAAACUCAUUGACAAAAUAGUACACAAUUGGAGGAUAAGGAUUCAAAUAGUUUAUCCACUAAUUACUUCCUUCCCGAGAAUUACUAAGAUGCCAAGUUUUCCCCCAUUCAAUAAAGACUUCCCACAUCAAUAUAAAACCCCACUUAGCUUAUAUCAUCUUCAAUCGAGCAAGUUGCUACACUUUUUCAUAAACAAGGCUAUGGCCCAAUUAAAGUAGAAGAGUAGAUGUGUACAUAUACCCAUUGAUGAUGGUGAUAAUAACUUGCAAUUUUGCACAUAAUUAUUAUGAAGAUGGUGGCAGCCCACAGGAUGGAUUAGUACACUUGAAAGCUAAAGAGAUAUGAGUGUAGGUUGGAACAAAGAAGAUUAGGAUAUGCAUUGGCGCCCCCUUUAAUUUGUUUGGCUUUUGGCACGAGGGUGUUAGAAAGUGGUAUAAGAUCCAGCAUAACUUUCUUCUAAUAACUCGAGUUAUUAGAACCAACUGGUUUAUGACAUGACAUGGUAUCAGAGCUGGUUUGGCCAAGUGGUCGUGUGUUCGAAUCUCUACGACAAGGUAUGGUGGGUCUGUGCAAACUUCAAGCCUAUGAGUUGACUUUCGUUUGAGAGGGCGUAUUAGAGAGUGAUAUAAGAUCCAGUAUAACCUUUUCACAACAACUCGAGUUAUUAAAAGUGCAAACUUCAAGUUCAUGAGUUGACUUUCGUUUGAGAGGGCCAUAGUCCAACGCCUAAUAGGGGUGAGACUGCUCAUUGUACAACAGCUACUUAUCCUUGUUUUUAUCGACCAACGAUGUCUACAUCUUGGCUGGGGAGUUUGAGAGAUAAAUCCCAAAAUUUCCAAUUGAUAAUGUCGUAUUUCAAGAUGAGUUGUCUCUUUUUUUUUAUGGGACAAAUUAUAGUGGUAUAAUGAUAUUCCCUCCCUGCUCCGUUCUAGUCUCAUUCUAUCUUAAUUUUUUACAGUAUCUGUUCAUAUUUUCCUUAUUUUUGCGUUUCUUCAACUAGUUAAAUUUGAUAUUUCAACUAGUCAGACUCAAUUACCCAUUUUAUUAUCACUAAUUUUUCAUUCAUAAAGUAUUUUCCCUUCGUUUUACAGUAAAAAGUAAAAUUUUGCAUAUGUUUUUUUCCAAAUAAUAUGUAAAAGUGGGUUGACUCAUCCCGUUCCGUACCCGCACGAAUAUUGCACACCCCAAGCCGCACUAACGUGGGACAAAGCAUGAGAGUAUUGAAAUACCCGUCCCGCGCCUUGCCCCCAUUGCCACACUAGUUGGACACAAUCUGGUUAGCGUAUGCUCAGGGGUUCGAUCGGUAUGUGUUGAAAUGGUUGAAUCGUGCCAUUUAUAUGACCUUGAUAUUUAAAUCUAUAGAAUCAAAAUAAUAGAAUCUGACGGUCCAACUAUAUCUUCAUUAUUUGAUCAUGCUCCACUCCAUGGAUAAACCUUGACAGGAGAGGAGAAGUUGGGGAUCCAGGAUCUCUUGUUCUUGUAGGGGAAGAUAUUGCUAGGAAAGUGUUCUUGUUUUUUCUUUUUUUUUCGUUGCUUUCCAAUUCUAGAUUUUCAUUUUUAUACUCGAUUUAUUCUUGUGAUUUACAAUGGUUGUCCAACUAAUGAAGCACUGGACUGGAGAAGGACAGUUGAAAUAUAUGUGCUAGAAUGGACCGUCAAUUUCAUGGAGAUAUCAGUCCACUGGACUGGAGAAAGCCCAAUUUAAAGAAGUCCCAAAAGGAAUGGGCUUGGGCUCUUUCUCAGAGGCUCUUACAGUGGUGAAAGAGUAAAGAAGGAUAGCUAGCUUGGUCAUAAACACUAGUGUUAGUCAAAAUGUUUGGAAACGUGCAUUUGCCAAACUUUUGAGCCUGAAAUUCAUCACAAAAAACCAAUCGAAUCGGUGAAAGAAAGACGAUAGGCAGAAACGAGUCGAACAUGUGGUGAGUGAUCAUAGUCCGAUGUGUAAUGAUGAGGAAACAUUAAACUAAGAGAGGGAGAUGUGUAUAGGCAAAAUUCAAGUUCCCUCUCCUUAACUUUUUCCCAAUCCUCAUAUUGUCUAACCAAGAAACCUUUACUAAUAAGUUGUUAUGUUUGAUAAGGUGCGAACGACAUGUAUUGACGUUGUUGGAUUGUACUCGUGUUUCUAGUCGUUGGAUCGAAGAGUGACAUUUUUUGAAAGAUAAUGUCAGCAUAACUGAUCCACCUUGGAGCACGCAAAAUAUGACCUAACGUCGGCAGCACAAGUUGACAACAAGAAACCGAAAGUCUGAAAUUUCGUGGCGUCCAUGAAAAUGACAAACGGAAGAAGAAAGAAGAAAACAGAGGACGUGAGAAAGGGAAAACAGAGGAGCGAAAAGGGGGAAAAAUCAAAACUUUAAAAGCAACAACUUCCCAUUAUGAAGUAGUGUGGACUGUGGACGGUAGAGUAGUAGGUUGGUAGUGCUUGUUUGUCAGUCUCAAAUUCAAUCCUCCAUUUUGUACGAAUAAAAGCCGGCAGGCAGGGCAUCACUUCGCUACCGCACUUUCUACCCAACAUUUUCCGCUUUCUCUCUUUUUACCCUCGUCGCUUGUGCCAUGGCGACGGCGACGGCGACAACCCUGAAAGCAGGGACAAGACCGCCGUGGGUGGGUCUCGGAGCGGCGGUCUGGGUCCAAAUUGCGGCAGGGAAUGCGUACAACUUCCCACUCUACUCCCAUUCCUUGAAAUCCGUGCUGGGUUUCAACCAGCAGCAGCUUUCUAUGCUCGGAGUAGCUAAUGAUAUCGGCGAGAACAUUGGCGUUAUCCCUGGGAUCGCUUGCAAUUACUUGCCUCCAUGGGUUAUUCUCCUCGUCGGAUCUCUGGCUUGCUUCUUUGGCUAUGGCGUCCUCUGGCUCUCCCUUAGCCGGACAGUCGAGUCCUUGCCCUACUGGCUGCUCUGGCUAGCGCUAUGUGUUGCUACAAACAGCAGUGCGUGGUUUAGCACAGCGGUGCUGGUGACCAACAUGAGGAACUUCCCUCUCAGCCGAGGCACGGUCGCUGGUAUUCUCAAAGGCUAUGGAGGAAUCAGUGCUGCGGUGUUCACCGAAAUCUUCAACAUCUUGCUCCAUGGAUCCUCCUCCAAGCUCCUCAUGUUCCUUGCUGUUGGGAUUCCCAUCCUGUGUUUUGCAGUGAUGUACUUUGUGAGAGCUUGUACUGAAUCAUCUGGUAAUGACCCUUCCGAAAAUUCCCAUUUCCUCUUCAUCCAAGGUGCUCUUGUUGUGCUUGGCGUGUAUGUCCUGACGAGCACAAUACUUGAUCACGUGCUUAGCCUGAACACUGUGGUUUGUUACACGAUUCUGGUGGUAUUGUUCGCCCUCCUUCUGGCUCCUCUGGCUGUUCCCGUCAAGAUGACUUUUGCUCGAAUGACGAGUAGCAAAUCAGUACCCAUCGACAUAGACCAAAGGGUAUCCUCUACUGACUCUUUGGUGCAAGGGGAUGGGAGCAUGGAGAAAACUGAGCCAUUGCUGAUGAAGAAGUCUUCGUCGGCAACAACAAGUGAGAGCUUUAGGGAAUGCGACGAUGGGUCGGAGGUGGCAAUGCUUCUAGCUGAAGGGGAAGGAGCAAUCAAGAAGAAGAGGAGGCCUAGAAGGGGGGAGGAUUUCAGUUUCACUGAAGCUGUAGUGAAAGCUGAUUUCUGGCUCAUUUUCUUCAUUUACUUCGUGGGAGUUGGCUCUGGCGUGACCGUGCUAAACAACCUGGCUCAGAUAGGGAUUGCACAAGGAAUGCAUGAUACAACAAUCCUACUGUCACUCUUCAGCUUCUGCAAUUUUGCAGGGCGCCUUGGUGGAGGCGUCAUCUCUGAACAUUUCGUCAGAACGAGAACAACCCCUCGAACAGUAUGGAUCACAUGCGCCCAAGCAUUGAUGGUGGUGACAUAUCUCCUCUACGCAUCUGCCUUAGACGGGACCCUCUAUGCAGCAACUGCGCUGCUCGGUAUCUGCUAUGGGGUUCAGUUCUCCGUCAUGAUUCCGACUGUCUCGGAGCUUUUUGGGCUGAAGCACUUUGGUAUCUUCUACAGCGUCAUAUCGAUAGGGAACCCCAUCGGGGCAUUCCUCUUCUCGGGCCUCCUAGCAGCAUACGUUUACGACACCGAGGCAGCCAAGCAGAACGAAUCGAAUAGUAUGCUGUACAGUUCUGGUUUCUCUUGCUUGGGUCCAGACUGCUUCAGGCUGACCUUCUUGGUUCUAGCUGGCGCCUCUGCCUUGGGCUCCAUCUUGAGCUUCGUACUAACAUUGAGGAUCAAGCCUGUUUACGAGACCCUUUACGCUGGUGGCUCGUUCAGGCUGCCUCGGACUUCUGAUGAUCAGUAGUAGGGUCAUCUGUUGUUGUAGUAGGACUGAAGGUCUUAUUUUUGGAUGACCUAAGGAAGCAGCAUAUAUAUGUGUGUGAGAUUUGACUAUUUGUAACACCAAGUCCUUCUCCAAUCGGAGCAAGGAUUUGUAGAC